AUGCUGUCCUGGACGGCGCUGGGCCUGGCCCUGAGCCUGCGGCUGGCGCUGGCGCGGAGCGGCGCGGAGCGCGGCGCCCCAGCAUUGGCCCCCCUGGGAGACCUCCUGUUCCUGCUGGACAGCUCAGCCAGCGUGUCGCACUAUGAGUUCUCUCAGGUUCGGGAGUUUGUGGGACAGCUGGUGGCGUCGCUGCCCCUGGGCCCGGGGGCCGUGCGUGCCAGCCUGGUGCAUGUGGGCAGCCGUCCACACACCGAGUUCCCCUUCGGCCAGCACAGCUCAGGCCAGGCCGCCCAGGCUGCUGUCCGUGCUGCAGACCAGCGUAUGGGAGACACCAAUACAGGCCUGGCACUGGCCUACGCCAAGGAGCAGCUGUUUGCCGAGGCGGCAGGUGCCCGGCCAGGAGUGCCCAAGGUGCUAGUGUGGGUGACAGAUGGCGGCUCCAGCGACCCCGUGGGGCCCCCCAUGCAGGCGCUCAAGGACCAGGGCGUCACCGUGUUCAUUGUGAGCACUGGCCGAGGCAACCUGCUGGCACUGUCGGAGGCCGCUUCGGCCCCUGCUGAGCGGCACCUGCGCUUCGUGGACGUGGACGACCUGCACAUCAUCACGCAGGAGCUGCAGAACUCUCUCCUCGAAGCCAUGCAGCCACAGCAGCUCCGUGCCCUCGAGGUGACAUCCGGCGGCUUUCGCUUGGCCUGGCCGCCCUUGCUGACUGCCGACUCGGGCUACUAUGUGCUGGAAGUGGCGCCCCACGCUGACCCAGCGGCCGCGCGGCGCCAGCAGCUGCCCGGGAACGCCACGAGCUGGACCUGGGCCGGCCUGGACCCCGACACGGACUACGCCGUGGCGCUGGUGCCCGAGUCCAACGUGCGCCUCGAGGGGCCCCAGCAUCUGCGCGUCCGCACGCUGCCAGGUGAGGCUGGGCGCGGGCGCGGGAGGCGACGCGGGCCGCCUGGCGCCCGGCAGCUCACGCUCCUCCCCUCACCCGCAGAGGAGGCCGGGCCCCAGCGUAUCGUCAUCUCCCACGCCAGGCCGCGCAGCCUCCGGGUCAGCUGGGCCCCGACAUUGGGCCCGGCCGCCGCGCUCGGCUACCACGUGCAGCUCGGGCCGCUGCAGGGCGGCGCGGCGCAGCGCGUGGACGUGCCCGCCGGCCACAACAGCACGACGCUGCAGGGCCUGGCGCCGGGCACCGCCUACCUGGUGACGGUGACCGCGGCCUUGCGCUCCGGCCGCGAGAGGGCACUGUCGGCCACAGCCUGCACGCCCGCCUGUGCCCGUGCCCGUGCCCGCGUCCCGCGCCCGGCGCGGCCGUGAGGCCAAGGCUGCGCGCGGCGCUUGGCCGCGUGAAUCCUGCGCAGAGCGAGACCAAACCUGGACCCCGCACCUGUGAGGAGGCUUGAGGUGCGGGUGGCCAGGUCCACCUGACCCUGGCGUUCUGGAUGGUCAGGGACAGUGGGUAGGUGGGAGUAGAAGCGGGCAGGACCACCACUGCCAGGCAGUGAAGGGGUGGGGGCAGGAGGCAGCCUUCCCCAGCGCCUCCUGACCUGAGGGGAGGCGAGGAGGACCCUUCCCUGUGGCCGGAGCCACCAGACAUUCCGCCUUCCCUCCUCCCCACGCUAACACCGGACCUUAAAUACAGUGAACCAGUGGGCGUUGUGCG